CCGCCGACUCCGAUCUCCAAUAAUGUCAAAAUCCAAGGGUUUUACCGACGUGAUUGUGAUCUCCUCCUCCUCCUCCUCCUCCUCCUCCGAUGACGACGACGAUUACCAAGAUGAGAUACGAGACUUGGUGACGGCGACAAAGAUGAGGGCGACUCUCGUAGGGGCGAAACGUUACGUAAGCCCCAGCUCCGUCGAGGUGAAGACGGAGAAAACUAAGAGAGAUGAUGAAGUUGAUGAUGAUGAUGAUGAUGAUGAUGAUUGCUGCAUUCUCGAUUUCAAUCCUUUUGAAUCCGCCGCCGCCGAUCUCGUGACCAAGCUCUCCCUUGCCGAUGGUGAUGACAGCGACCUAGAUGAAGAAGAAAUCUCCAUUCUCUCCGUCAAAGGAGAGGUUGCUUGCCGAGAUUUUCCUCACUCCAGGCAUCUGUGCGGUGAAUUUCUCUUUGAAAAAACACCACAUGAAAGCUAUUGCCCUCAGUGCUAUUGUUACGUUUGUGAUACGCCAGCUCCUUGCAAAACUUGGAAGGGAUCUCUUCUUUCACAUUGCCACGCAUCUGACAAGCAAUUGAUGUGGAAAGACUUGAGGACUGCUCACCGAAAAAAAGAAUCAGAAUUGAAAUCCUGACUUAACUUAUGGUGACCAUCUUCACGGUUAAAAGCUCUUAACUGUUUUAAUUGUAUAUGUGCAGUUUCAAAGGAUGUAAUACAGUUCUGAAAAUCUUGUCAUGGUGUCAAAUUCCAAACAUAGUUAUGUUGCCACCUUAGUUCAUAUUGUCAUGGUGACGAAAAUUGCACCACCAAAACAAUAUCAAAUACGGCUGUGUCA